UACUCAUUCAAUAAUGCACAAGUCUAAUAAUUGUAUUUCAACACCAUGUGACAGAACUUAUUUCCACCGUCAAAAUUAACUGGUUAGUUGGAAACUGUACAAAGCAUGUAAGUUACUCAUUCCCAAUAAUGCAUAAGUCAUGCUUGGCAGGCGGAAAUAUAUAUUCUUGACAUAAAUAAUACACAAGAUUACUUAAAAUUGUUGUUGUUUGCAGAAAUGCGUAGCCAUGGCUGCUCAUAAACUUUACCUGAAGGCCCUGCUUCUAAUCAUUUCUUUCACAAUUUGUACUUCCGUUGACACCAUUACUAUAAAUCAAACCCUUCAUGAUAGCCACCUUCUAAUCUCCAAAAACAACAAAUUUGCACUUGGAUUCUUCAGCCCUGCAAAUUCAACUUACAGAUAUCUUGGCAUUUGGUAUUAUAAAGUCGGACAACAUCCCGUCGUGUGGGUAGCUAAUAGGAAUCAUGGAAUCCAUGGCUCUUCAGGAGUUUUGUCUGUUAACCGAAAUGGAAAUCUCAUUUUGUAUACGGACAAUGACCGGAAAAUUCCAGCGUGGUCUGCAAAUGUUUCGGUUGAAAUCACAAACGGCACUACUUGUGUUGCUCAGCUCUUAGAUACAGGAAAUUUGGUUCUGAUGGAAAAUCAAACCAAGAAGAUCUUUUGGGAAAGCUUUGAUUAUCCUACAGACUCUCUACUACCAGGCAUGAGACUUGGGCUGAAUCGACAAACAGGUUUUCGCCGAAUCUUAACAUCAUGGAAGUCGGCAGAUGACCCUGGAAUCGGAAAAUACUCACUCGAACUCAUUCCAACAGGAUUUCCACAAGCUUUUCUCUAUGAGGGUAGAAAUCCAAUUUGGAGAGCCAUUCCAUCGCAAACGGGUGUUGAUAUGGAUGUAAGAGGAUACAGGUUUGUUGAUAAUCAAGAUGAGCUAUCUAUUUCGUAUUAUCUUAGGGAUAAGUCUGUUACUAUAACAUGUAUGGUGGACUAUUCAGGAUUUCACAAGCACCAAACAUGGCAUGAAAGUGAGGGGAAGUGGAUAGAAAUCUGGUCAACACCUAAACAUCAAUGCGACAAAUAUAGACGUUGUGGUGUUUAUAGCAAGUGUAAUCCAACACAUUUUUUCGAAUGUGAAUGUUUACCUGGAUUUGAACCGAGAAACCCAAGAGAAUGGAAUGUUAUGAGAGAUGGAUCAGGUGGGUGCAUCAGGAAACGAGCAGAAUCAUACAAAAUGUGCACUCCGGGAGAAGGGUUUCUGAAAGUCAAACAUACUAAAUUUCCUGAUGCAUCAAAUGCAACUUGGUUCGACACAAUUAAGACUAGUGAGGAUUGUGAAGCACAAUGCAAAAAGAAUUGCUCGUGCACUGCAUAUGCGAGCAUUGAUAUUGUAGGGAAGGGCGCGGGGUGUUUGGUGUGGUUUGGCGAAUUAUUCGAUACAACUGAUCUUGUUGAUUCAGGAUUUGAUUUGAAUGUUCGUGUUGAUGCACUUGAAUUAGCUGCUUCCAGAAAAUCGGACAGAUUUCCAGGAAAGAAGAACAUGGUUUCUAUUUUAGCAGUCUCUGUAGCAUCAGCUUGGUUUAUGCUGAUCCUAUUUGCAUUUCUGUUGCUAAAGAAAAAAAGAAAAACGGCAGUGAGCGAUAAAUGGAAGAAAAGAUUUGGAGAGACAUUCGGAAAUUCGUUCCGCCAAAUAGAUGCUGCAGCUGCAAAUGAAGAGGGAGAUAGUAGAAGCCCUCUCGACAUUGCACUUUAUAACCUUAGCACUAUACUUGCUGCAACUCAUAAUUUUUCACCAGCAAACAAACUUGGACAAGGUGGCUUUGGCUCAGUCUACAAGGUAUACAACUCUCUUCAGGGUCGGCUGGAUAAUGGAAAAGAGAUUGCAGUGAAAAUCCUAGGGGAAAAUUCCGGACAGGGGAUAGAAGAAUUCAAAAAUGAAGUAAUUUUAAUUGGAAAACUUCAACAUAAGAAUCUUGUGAAGCUUCUAGGAUGCUGCAUUGAGGGAAAAGAAGCCAUGUUAGUUUAUGAAUACUUGUCAAACAAAAGCUUGGACUUAUUGUUGUUUGAUGAAGCUAGAAGGUCGAUCUUGGAUUGGAGACAACGCUUUAAAAUUAUUGUUGGAAUUGCUCGUGGAAUUUUAUAUCUUCACCAAGACUCGAGGUUGAGAAUAAUUCAUAGAGAUUUAAAAACUAACAAUAUUUUAUUGGAUGAAAAAAUGAAUCCAAAAAUUUCAGAUUUUGGCAUAGCCAGGAUAUCCAACGACGAAAAUGUUCAAGAAAAGACGAAUAAAGUUGUUGGAACAUUUGGCUAUAUGUCACCGGAGUAUGUGGUGUUUGGAAAAUAUUCGUUAAAAUCCGACGUGUACAGCUACGGAGUAAUAUUAUUGGAGAUAAUUGCGGGCAAGAAGAACAACAAAUUCUGUGAAGAGGAUCCUUCUUUGAGCUUGAUAGUACAUGUAUGGGAGCUAUGGAAAGAAAAAAGAGCUCUCGAAAUAGUGGAUCCGUCGUUGAAGGAGCUAUAUGUUGCUGAUGAAGCCUUGAGAUACAUCCAAAUUGGAUUAUUAUGUGUGCAAGAAGAUGAAAUCGACAGGCCAACAAUGUUCAAUGUUGUUCUAAUGUUAAAUAGCGAUAUAUCUCUUCCGUCUCCAAAACACCCGGCAUUCAUCGGCAGUAGAAGAUUUUGUAAUAAUCUUAAAUUGCCAAUUACGGAACAAAGAUGUUGUUCUACGUAUGAGAUGACGAUGACCACUGUUCUAAGUCGGUAGAAGAUCGAUAUAUGUACAUAUUGCUCAAUUGAUAUUACUACUGCUAGUAUACCUAUUUUUGUAUUUAGUUAGACUAAGAAUACAAGAAAAGGCAGCAAUUUUUCAGCACCAACUGUAUGUGGAUGUAGUUUCUCAAUUUAUUUGUGAGAAGUGAGAACCAAGGUGUAAUAAGAAGGGGGGGUUGAAUUGUUACUCACAAGAAUUGCAGAAUUAAUA